AUGGGCAACACUAGAGUGGAAGGGAUUGAGCAGUGCCUUGGAUUCUGGGACGUGCUUCCAGCUGAGAAGAAUCUCAGCCCAGAAGGAAGAAGGGCAGCAGAGCCUGAGUUCUGUGUUGGAGCUGAGACUCUUCUUCUUAGAGGGAGGACAGCAACCUCCCUUCUAAACUUCUGGCUCCUGUCCACCGGUGCCCACAUGACCACUGAAUUAGUGCCACUCCAAGUGGCUGAAGGAGAAAACGUCCUUUUUCUUGCUCACGAUCUUCCUGAGAGUCUGACAGCCUUCGCCUGGUUCAAAGGGCUAAGAAGCACAAAAAAAGGAAUUGCACUGUAUUCACUGUACCAGAAUGUAAGUGGGCCAGGGCCUGUGCACAGUGGUAGAGAGACAAUAUAUCGCAAUGGAUCCCUGUGGCUGGAAAAGGUCACCCAGAAGGACUCAGGAUUCUAUACCCUACGAACCUAUAAUAUACGUGGAAAACUCAUAGCAACCACAUCUAUAUACCUUCACGUGCACGCGUUCCUUUGGAAAUGUGGGCGGUUUGACAUCUCUGGUCAGCCCACGAUUGAGUCAGUGCCACCCAGCGUUGCUGAAGGGGGAAGUGCUCUUCUACGUGUUCGCAAUCCCCCAGAGAAUAUUAUAGCCUUUGCCUGGUUCAAAGGAAUGACUGUGUUAAAGGACCAGGAAAUUGCCCGGUAUAUAACAGGUAGGAAAUCACCUGUGACAGGGCCUGCAUACAGUGGCAGAGAGACAUUGUACCAGGAUGGAUCCCUGCUGCUUCAUGGUGUCACACGGAAAGAGCCUGGAUUGUACACUCUACGGAUUCUGAGGACAGAUAUGAAAAGUGAAGCAGCAACAGUGCAGCUCCAGGUGGACACCUCUCUUUCUCUGUGUUGUAACCCUCUCACCUCUGCCCAACUCAUGAUCCAACCAGUGCCUCAGUAUGCUGCUGAAGGGGAAAGUAUUCUUCUCCAAGUUUAUAAUCUUCCAGAAGAUCUGCAAGCCUUUUCCUGGUACAAAUCGAUAUAUAGGGGCCAGGUUCUUAAAAUUGUAGAAUACAGCAAUAUCAUAUAUCCCGCCUCCUGGGAGCCUGCAUACAGAGACAGAGGGAUGGUGUACAGUAAUGGAUCCCUGUUGCUCGAGAACGUCACAAAGCAAGACGCAGGAAUGUAUGCACUAGCAGUUUUAAAUGAAGAUUUCAAAUUAGAAGAGGCAUAUGUGAAAAUUUAUGUGAACAAGCCUGUGACACAGCCCACGGCGCAAAUCACAGAGACCACAGUUGCAGGACGUCGUUCUGCGAUCCUCACCUGCAUCUCUCCUGACACCGACGUCUCCAUCCGUUGGAUCUUCAAUAACAAGACUCUGCAGCUCACAGAGAGGAUGUUUGUGUCCCCGACAAACUGUGAUCCACAGUUUGCUGAAAACUCCUUCACAUCAGGGCAGGUCACGCUGCUUUCAACCUGA